UUUAAACUAUGCCCGUCUAAAUUCUCGAUUUUUCUUCCUCUUCCCCGUUCUCUGCAACUUGUUUCUAUUCUAUUCUUAGCAUCCUCCGCCCUCUCUCUAUCUCUCUACUCUUUCUUCUCUUCCACCUUCAUCUCCUUCUCUUCACUCUUUACUAUCUGUUCACUUGCUUCAAGCUCUCCAGUAAAAUCUUGAAUUCGUAAAUAUCGCAAGAUAUCAAGUCCGACUCCGAUCCGAAAUUUGUAGAUACAUGGAGAUUUCUACGAAAAAGAAACUUGCUCUGACGAAGACAUUUCUGAUCACAUCGUACCAGACACAGCAGAUAUCAUGACCGAGUCUUUGCUUCUUCGCAUGUAGUUACACUUAGACGGGUUUUUAUUGAACAAUAGGGCUUCUCUGUUUUUUCCUGAAUUGGAAGUUGGAACUUGGAACAUCGAAGAUUCGGAAAUGCGUCGGAGUGGAGAUUCUGGAGACUGAAGAAACUAAGACAGCGAAGAAUAAAAGAACAAGUUUAGGAACAGAUUAUUCUCUCUCAAAAUUCUCUUGGGCGCGAUUCUGUUUUGAUCUUGAGGCCUCGGAAAUGUAGAAACACAGAAGCAAUAGAGAGAGAACAAGAGCUGAAAAAACAUCAUAAUCACUUUUGUUCUUUGAUUUUGCUUUCCAAGUCUGGAAUUAUUUGGAAAUUCAGUUGAACUGAAGGUCUGGGCAGCAUCAAUGGUGUUCCUUCGCUUUCUCUUUGUGGUUCUCGUCUCGACGACAACCAGUUCAUCCUUUUCUGUAGUCCGAGCCAAUGACGAAAUGGUAGCUUUAAUGGAUUUCAAGCACUCUUCAGUGCAGAGCGAUCCAAGAGGGAUUCUGGGUGACUGGAGACUUGACUCGUCGAGUCCGUGCUCGUGGAGGGGCAUCAACUGCUCCUCUGAGAAACGAGUUACAUCUCUCGAUCUCAGUAAUGGCGGUCUUACCGGUCAACUCCAAAUGGAUUCUCUCAUGGCUUUGCAAAAUCUCCGGUACGUCAGCCUUCGCGGUAACUUCUUCUCUGGUGAUCUCUCCCCCAGCAGUAGUAGAAGCAGAGCUUCUCUGGCAUGCAACUUCGAGACCCUCGAUUUGUCCUCCAAUAACUUUUCCGAGUCCAUCAGUUCUGAAUCAUUUCUGAAUCGCUGUCAUCAUUUGAUUUCUCUCAACCUCUCUCGCAAUUCAAUCCCUGGAGCAGGACCUGGUUUCAUCUUCGGUUCUUCUCUGCAGGAACUCGAUCUUUCACGCAAUCGGGUCUCGGAUAACAACCUAUUGGACUACACUCUCUCCAAUUGCCAGAAUUUGAAUCUUCUCAACUUCUCCGACAACAAGCUGGCGGGAAAAUUGACUGACGGUGGCCUAAAUAUGUCAUCUUGCAAGAAUCUGUCGACUCUAGACCUCUCAUAUAAUCUAUUGUCCGGCGAGAUUCCGUCAGCUUUUGUUUCCCAAUCACCGGCUUCUCUCAGGCAUCUUGACCUCUCCCACAACAACUUCUCUGGGAAAUUCUCGGACAUUGAGUUCGGAAACUGCGGCGACCUUACUGUACUGGAUUUGUCUCACAACAGCCUCUCUGGCAUGGGGUUUCCGAGAACUUUGUCCAAUUGUCUGCAGCUUGAGAAACUAGAUCUCUCCCAUAACCGGCUUCAAAAUAAUAUUCCCUCAGUCUUGGGUAGACUGGUUAAUAUGCAGCAGCUGUCCUUGGCCCAGAACCAGUUUUCAGGGGAGAUUCCAUCGGAAUUGGCUCAAAUAUGUCGAACUCUUCAGUCACUCGAUCUCUCAGGCAAUGCUCUCACUGGGGGGGUUCCAUUGGCUUUCGUGUCUUGCACUUCUCUGCAGAGCCUCAACCUUGGCAACAAUCAGCUCUCUGGAGAUUUCCUCACUACUGUGGUCAGCUCUCUUCCAUCUAUGAGGCACCUACUCCUUCCUUUUAAUAACAUAACCGGUCCUGUGCCUCUAUCUGUAUCGAACCUCACUCAGCUUGAGGUGCUUGACCUGAGCUCUAAUGGGUUUACCAAUUUCCCUUCUGGAUUUUGCUCUUCCUCCUCUUCUCUGAAAAAACUACUCUUACCCAACAAUCUUCUUUCAGGGCCAGUGCCUCCCGAGCUUGGAAACUGCAAGAACAUGAGGUCAGUUGACUUUAGCUUCAACAAUCUAAGUGGUUCCAUUCCUUCAGAAAUCUGGGCACUGCCCAAUCUUUCUGACCUGGUUAUGUGGGCAAAUAACCUCAGUGGAGAAAUUCCAGAAGGAAUCUGUGUUAAUGGAGGGAAUUUGCAAACUCUGAUCCUGAACAACAAUUUUAUCACAGGAACAAUCCCUAUCUCCCUUUCCAAGUGCACUUAUCUGAUAUGGGUGUCUCUCUCUAGCAACUGCCUCACAGGACAAAUUCCUGCUGGCAUUGGGAAUCUCCAAAACCUUGCUAUUCUCCAACUAGGUAACAACUCACUCUCUGGUGAGGUCCCAGCAGAGCUUGGUAAAUGCAAGAGCCUUAUAUGGCUCGAUUUAAAUAGUAACAAUCUAAGCGGACGUCUUCCAUCUGAACUUGCCGACCAAGCCGGUAAUGUCAUCCCUGGACUUGUUUCAGGGAAGCAGUUUGCCUUUGUGAGGAAUGAAGGUGGAACUGCUUGCAGAGGUGCUGGAGGACUAUUUGAAUUUGAGGGAAUCCGAACUGAAAGGCUGGCAGGUUUCCCUAUGAUUCAUUCUUGCCCAACUACUAGAAUUUACACUGGCUUGACAGUCUACACAUUUUCAAAGGAUGGCAGCCUGAUUUACCUGGACCUGUCCUACAAUUCAUUGUCUGGAUCAAUCCCAGAUAGCUUUGGGUCGAUGCAUUACUUGCAGGUCUUAAAUUUGGGACACAAUAUGCUUACAGGAAUCAUCCCUGAUAGCCUCGGAGGCCUGAAAGAGGUAGCGGUCCUUGAUCUUUCUCACAACUAUCUCCAAGGAUUCAUCCCUGGGUCAUUGGGAACACUUUCAUUUAUCAGUGAUCUAGAUGUGUCAAACAACAAUCUCUCUGGUCCAAUCCCUUCCACAGGCCAGCUGACCACAUUUCCUGCAUCAAGGUAUGAAAACAAUUCUGGCCUAUGUGGGCUUCCCCUUUCUCCCUGUGGGUCUGGCACUGGAGACCAUCAGAUGAAUCUAAAUCCGCCAAGGAAGAAGCAGUCAAUGGCUUCAGGAGUGGUGAUUGGAAUCGCGAUUUCUCUAUUCUGCAUCCUUGGCCUUACAUUGGCUCUAAUCAGGAUAAAGAGCUACCAGAGAAAGGAAGAUCAGGGAGAAACAUACAUCGAAAGCCUUCCAACUUCAGGUAGUAGUAGCUGGAAGCUAUCUGGUAUUCCUGAGCCUCUGAGCAUCAAUGUUGCCACAUUUGAGAAGCCCCUGAGGAAACUGACUUUUGCACAUCUCCUUGAAGCCACUAAUGGUUUCAGUGCUGAUAGCUUGAUAGGGUCCGGUGGGUUUGGUGAUGUUUAUAAGGCCCGGUUGAAGGAUGGGAGUGUUGUUGCCAUCAAGAAGCUGAUCCAUGUUACGGGUCAGGGUGACAGAGAAUUCACUGCAGAAAUGGAAACAAUUGGCAAGAUCAAACACAGAAACCUUGUUCCCUUGUUAGGAUACUGCAAGAUUGGAGAAGAGAGGCUUCUUGUGUACGAGUACAUGAGAUGGGGAAGCUUGGAAAUGGUUCUUCAUGACAGGGCCAAGGCAGGGGGUUCAAACCUUGACUGGGCUGCAAGAAAGAAGAUUGCCAUUGGGUCAGCCAGAGGACUUGCAUUCCUUCACCAUAGCUGCAUACCUCAUAUAAUCCACAGGGACAUGAAGUGCAGCAAUGUUCUUCUGGACGAAAAUUUAGAGGCUCGGGUUUCUGAUUUUGGCAUGGCAAGAUUAAUGAAUGCGCUUGACACCCAUCUCAGUGUAAGCACUCUCGCAGGGACACCGGGUUAUGUUCCACCAGAAUAUUACCAAAGUUUCAGAUGCACUACGAAAGGUGAUGUCUACAGCUACGGUGUUAUACUGCUGGAGCUUCUCUCAGGAAAGAGGCCAAUUGACCCAUUAGAAUUUGGUGAUGACAACAACCUGGUUGGCUGGGCAAAGCAGCUGCAGAAGGAGAAGAGAGCUAAUGAAAUACUCGACCCUGAGCUUGUGGUACAGAAAUCUUGUGAGGCUGAACUGUUUCAGUACCUUAAGAUUGCUUUUGAUUGCUUGGAUGACAGGCCAUUCCGCAGGCCAACCAUGAUUCAAGUAAUGGCCAUGUUUAAAGAGCUUCAGAUUGAUUCAGAAAGUGAUAUACUUGAUAGCUUUUCAUCACUACAAGAUACUGUUAUUGAUGAAUCCCGGGAGAAAGAGCCUUGAUUUGGAAUAGUCAAACUCUAGGACUAAGGUUUCAUUCUUGGCAGCCUGCAUGCGGAGUAGUAUAUUUCGACAUAAUUUGGAAGUUUUGAUCAGGUUUAGGGGAUUCCCAAUUUCACAUAUUUUGCCUACUGUAAAUAUAUAGCAAAGAAAUACUGACAGAGAAGUUGAGAACGACCCACAUCUGAAACUGGAAGAGUGCUAGAGGAGACAAAAGGAUAAGUAGAAAGAAAAGGGUCCAUCAUUUCUUCAAAUUCAAAUUUUUCAUUUCCUAUCACUGUAUCUACUAUACUUCUUUUCCUCCUCUAGACCUUGUUGUCUUUAUUCAAUGAUUUGAACAUAAUUUUGUUUACUGUUCACAACUGUUUAGAUUAUUUAUUUUUAAAUAGUGGUUACUGAAAAAUAAGUCUGGAAGGAAACUGUAUGUAGUGCUAGAACUGAUGAUUGUAUAGAAAGUGGGAUUAUUUUCCCUCACCAUUUGAGAUCCCCUCACCAAAAGAAGAAAAAAAAAAGUAUAAAGCACACGUUGCUCGAUUAA